AUGGGUAGCGGAGAGGCCCAGAGAGUGCGCAAGAAGCGCACUCGCGCCUCGGAUGCAGACGCCGAAGCAGAUGAUCAUCCGGAAUCUUCGGCGUUCAAAAGGAGAGGCACCCCUGUGCCUAAAAGGGGUAGAGGCCGCCCGCCCAAUAGUGGGCAGUAUUUGGGGCUGGCGAAAGGGAAGCGGGAGCUCAUGGAAGCCAGGAGAAUAAGGCAGGCGGCCACGGGAGCUCGAGUUCUCGAGCUUCCAGCAGGGGUCACGAGCGAAGCAGCGGACAGUUUCGCCGCGAAGCUCCGUGAGGUCCUCGCCGGAGAGGCACGGAUCGCCAGGCCGGUGAAGUGCGCGGAUUUGCGUCUUACUGGCCUGGAUGAUUCCGUCACCAGGGAUGAGGUGCUCGCUGCGAUUGUCGCUGCAGCCGCCUGUCCCCUUGACCACGUCAAGGCGGGCGAAAUUCGGGAGGGCCGCCGGGGCACUGGCUGCAUCUGGGUGCAAUGUCCAGUGGCAGCUGCUAAGGUCCUGGUGUCAGCUCGGAGUAUGAGGAUUGGCUGGAGCUAUGUGCACGUCGAGUCCCUGGAGCCGCGCCCUAUGAAGUGCUUCCGAUGCCUAGAAAUCGGGCACACGCGACUCCAGUGCACUUCGGAGGUGGACCGCAGCGAUAUUUGUUAUCGCUGCAGUGCUCCUGGACACAAAGCAGCGGCAUGCUUAGCCAAACCCCACUGCGCAGUUGCAGGUAGGCCAGCUGAGCACUCGGUGGGGGCUAAGGGUUGCUCCCCACCGAAAAAAGGGAAAAAAGCCGGCAGGACCCCGGCCUCCCAGCAGAUAAACCUAAACCAUUGCGCCGGUGCCCAGGAUCUAUUGGUGGUAGCGGAGGUAGCGGAGCCUUAUUGCAUACCCGCCAACUGGAUGGGGGAUGCUACGGGCACGGCGGCCAUCUAUAUUCCAGAUGGUACCACGCCCCUUUCCGUCAAAGAGAGGGGAAAUGGUUUUGUGGCGGCCGACUGGGGGAAAUACACAAUAUUCUCGGUGUAUUUUUCCCCAAACAAAACCCUCGCUGAGCUCGAGACGCUCCUCGGUGAUAUGCAGGCGGCCAUUAGGCGAGUUGCACCUCGACCGGUAAUUGUGGCGGGCGACUUUAAUGCCAAGAAUACGGCUUGGGGAUCGCCUGCCACAGACGUGCGGGGUAUUGCGGUUGAAGACUGGGCCACGGAAUCUGGGUUGGCACUUCUCAACUGCGGCACAGCACAAACCUGUGUUCGGGUCCAAGGGGGGUCCAUUGUAGACCUUUCCUUUGCGAGCCCGGCGGUUGCUCAGGCAGUACGAGAUCGGCGAGUCAUGGGGGAGGUGGAGACCCUGUCGGAUCACUUAUAUAUCCGCUUCAGCGUCCGCGUUCAUGGUCCGCGUGCGGCAAAGACCUCAAAAGAGGCAGGUGUACUGGUGGUCACC